UAGGAGCAGCAAGCAAAGUUUUUUGUCCUUGUCCUUGGGUCUCUUGUUGCGUCUUUUCAAAGGAAAAAACUAACAUAUCUAGCUUCAACGAAAGUUUUAAUGUCAGUCAUGUUGGAUUAGCUGGAAAAAUUGAAAUUCUGUCGUGUUGUUUGCUGAAGAAAAAGUAACUCUGAGAGCACCGCAAAUGUGGCUGGCUAUGCGGCUUGCUGUUCACUGGUGAGGAAUAUUGAAGUUCAGUGGCGUGUGGAAGAAUGAAGUGGGUUUCCGUGGCCUUUCUUCUGUCCAUCGGCACAGUUGUCGCCAGACCGAAAUCUAGUAGCACUGAAGGAGGAAUAGUUUUAAAUGACAUACCCACAAGUUCAGGCUCUAGGUCGAGGAUUGAACAGCCUUACCUACGGCACGCCUUAACUAGUGACUUGAGAAGGACUGAAGGACAAGAUUUCUGCCGUAAAACAGCAAAAUGUCAGCCAAUCAAAAACAACAUUUGCUUGACAACGAAAUUACCAUAUUCACAAACAUCUUUGGAACUGGUUACCGAUUCACACACUCAGGACGAUGUUCAGGAUAAGCUCAUGUUUUGGCAGAACUUGAAAAGUGUUCCCAAAUGCUGGGCUGUGAUUCAACCCUUUUUGUGUGCUCUCUACAUGCCAAGAUGUGAAAAUGGAACAGUAGAACUUCCUUCUCAGGAAAUGUGCAAGGUCAUUCGUAAUCCUUGCAGAAUUGUGGAACUUGAACACAGGAGUGGCUGGCCAGAUUUUAUGAGAUGUGAAGACACUGAAAAAUUCCCUUCUGGCUGCAAAAAUGAGGUGAGAGAAUUGAAAUUCAACAUCACUCCAAAGUGCCAGUCUCCUCUGGUGGAAACGGACAAUAGUUUGGCUUAUGUCGAAGGAGUUGACGGAUGCGGACUGCCUUGCACUUCCCCGCUGUUUACAAAGGAGGAACAUGAACAAGUCCAACGAUUCACACAGACUCUGGUCGCCAUGUGCCUCACCACCAAUUUGUUUGCUGUGUUUACGUUCAUGAUUGACUGGCGCUCCGCUUCACGCUACCCGGCCGUUAUUAUUUUUUACAUGAACUUAUGCUUCGCUGCUGCUUGCAUCGGUUGGAUUGCUCAAUAUAUUCCCAGUGCUAGACAGGAUAUCAUAUGCCGGAAAGAUGGAACAGCUCGUGUAUCAGAACCAAGUGGCGGAGAAACGCUGUCUUGUGUUGUUAUAUUCAUCUUAAUCUAUUAUUUUCUCAUGGCUGCUUGUGUUUGGUUUGUUAUGCUAGCCUAUUCGUGGUUCGUCAGCUUCCAAGCCCUGGGUAAAAUCCGUGAGAAAGUCAGCUCCAAAGCUGCUUAUUUUCACUUGGUCUCCUGGUCAAUCCCGCUGGUCCUUACAAUUACAUGCAUGGCGCUAGCACAGGUCGAAGCACAAAGUCCUCACGGAAUUUGUUUCGUGGCCAACAGCAAAGUUGUGCGGUCUGGUUUCGUUCUGGCCCCUGUAAUGAUCUUGCUUUUCAUUGGCCAUGUGUUUCUCUACCGCGGUUUGCUUAUUUUGAUUCGUCUCAAACUGGGCAGCGCUGCCUCAAUCUCCGCUUCCGCCAAUUCCAAGUUACGCAACACCAUCGUUCGACUCGUCUCGUUCUCAGCCUCUAUUAUCUGUGCGAUCGGUUUGACCAUUUUCUGCCAUGUUUACGAAUUCGAUAGACGAAAUCAGUGGAAAACUUCCUUCCGCUCCUACAUGGUAUGCCUGGCCAAUCAAAACACCUCUCGCAUUCAGAAUCAAGGCCUUGCCGAUGACUGUGAAUUGGAAUCUCGACCGAGCAUGACCAUCACCCAAGUUCAUUUGAUUGCCGUCUUUGGAGCUGGUGUAGCCGUAUCUUCGUGGGUCUGGACGAAGGCUUCCGUCCUGGCUUGGCGGAGGUGGUACCGAAGGACCUUCAACAAGAGACCGUUGGAUGAACGCGUUCGCAUUCGCAAACAUAAAAUCAUUGCUCAAGCGUUUGCCAAGCGAAGAGAUCUGAAUCACAUGGGCCGGAUGUCUAUCAGUAUCCACAGUACGCACGACGAUCCAGUCGGUUUUGGCAACCUUGAUCUGAAUAGCGCCGCUUCCAAUGACGUCAGUUCUGCAUGGGCCGCCGCCAUUCCCAAAUUCGUCACACGCCGUGGCGCUAUCGUCGGGGCGGCUGGAGCCUUUGGACUGCGGCGCAAUUCGCUGGAUUCCGAAAUAAGCAUGAGCGCCGUCCGGCGUAUUUCGGUCGAAUCGAGAGCCAGUCAGUCUCGCCGUCACUCAUUCGAUUCACAAUACUCGGUACAUUCUCAGCAAACGACGGAUUUGGAGCGGCUCACUAGACUACACUUCCGCCAUGGAGGUCGUAAACGUAAUAAUUUGCUCCGAGGCGGAAGAAAAAUGGCGCUGAGACGCAGGGGAAGUAUUACGUCUCAAGCUAGUUCGAAAGGGUCGCAAAUAUUGCCAGCCAUUACUAAACUUGCGCUGAGAAAUCGCCGAGGAAGUAUCACUUCACUGGCCAGUUCUAAAGGCUCGCAAAUCUUGCCUGCCAUUACCAAACGUAGAAAUCAAUUACUUCCUCUUGGAUCAGCUGGAGCGAGUACUGUUGUCCAGGUUCAACCCAAUGACAAGCGGCAAUCAUCGCAAGUCGAUCUGGAACGAAUUGAGCGCUUCUCGCUCAACCUGCCGGGCGACGGAAGUAGCGACGAAAGUGACAUCGAUAAUGGAGAAUCAUGCAAAGUUACUACGGUCCCUGUUACCCAGUCGACUCAAACUGCCGUGACGUGGAACGUGGCCACACAGACGUCGCCCAGUUUAUCGACGCUUCGGCCUAUUUCUACCAAGAGUGCUAAAACAACAACGCAGUCUGUGUCUAAAGGCACACAGGUGACUUCAUCUUCUUCUUCAUCGUCACCAUCAUCCUCGGCAUCCACUUCACCGGAAGCCGUCCGUAAAUCGUUGCCGAAACCGUCGACAUCGGCCCCAACGAACAUCUCGAGCUCAAAGUGCCACAGAGAACGAGGUCAAGCCGAUGGGUCACCCAAUGGAAGCUCAUCAGACGUAUCGGAUCACAUAUCAGCCAGCGGGCCUGGCCUAAGUUCACCUUCACAAUCAUUGCUCGAUUAUUUGCUGCCUAUCAAAUCGGAGAAGAAAUCUGAUGAUCGACAACUCAACGGUUCCAAGAGCAGUGGCAGGUCCAAUAGGAACAGAAGCGCCCGCUCUCGCGGAGUCGAAGCAAUUGAGUUGGACCGUUCGUCAAUCGCCCGCCUUCUUGAAAAACUACGAGAAGAGGACCACAAAGCGGCGGUUGAAGCUGCCAAUGCCGUUAUCGAUUCAGACGAGCGUCCUAAACGCUCCUACGACAGGCGUCAUCGCGUCGAGCGUAAUCGUCGCUCACAAUCUGAACGCCACGACGGCAAUGAAAUUGAAUUAGAUUGCUUGCUGAGCUCCAAGAAUUCGAAUCGCUCUGAUCGAUCCAGAAAAUCCGACAGUCGACGCUCCCGUUCCAAGCAAGAAACAAUUGUCAAUGACGAUGUAUCAUAAUGAUCAAAUCUUUUCUUAACUCCCUUUUCGGUCUUGCCGAUUCAACUUUAUUUCCUUUUUCCUCUCCCGUAUUCCGACAUUUUUUAUUAUCUUUCCCCAUACCUGAACGUGACAAUCGUUGGAACCAACGACCUCCGUUUAUUUUUAAAAGUUAUGUGACUCAACUUUCUAUGCAACUUUUUUUUUUAUCCAACAGAGGACGAAUCUCAUAUGCAGCUAAAAAUCAAUCAAUCAGGUAAUGUGAGUCCCUUUGUUGCCUUUCGAACUCUGACUUUGGAAUUCCAUUCAUUCUUCCACUUAUAGAUGGUUUUAACUUUAUCGAACUGGAUCUCUUCUUGGCAAAUAGUGUCAAUAAAAAAAAAUGUAAGUGCCAUUUGAA